GAUUGUCAUACGCGUCGGAGAUGUGUCAGUGAGCGAUCGUUCGCCGCUUGGUGAAAUAUAUUUGUGUCGUAAAUGUGGUUCGUUAGUGUGAUAAUGAGAAAACACAUAUUGGACUAUCUAAUUAUUAAGUGAUGAAAGUGUUUUAAGUUCGGUGUCCUGUUAAAAAUAGUUAUUUCCAUUUGUAUGUCAUCGGACUCUUCAAUAUGGCGGCCCCCCGUCACAAAUCACAACAGAAAAAUAUAUCCUCAAUAUUUUCGAAGCUGCACGGUGCUUUUUCUGAUGCGGUAUGUCCAACAAAGCUGGCAACCGACAAGAGGACUCUUGACAAAACAUGGAAACUGAUGGACAAAGUUGUAAAACUGUGUCAACAUCACAAAAUGAACUUGAAAAACAGCCCGCCGUUUAUACUCGAUAUUUUGCCGGAUACAUAUCAACGGUUGCGCAUUAUUUACUCUAAAUACGAGGAUAAUAUGCAGGAAUUGAAUAAUAACGAACAUUUUAAUAUGUUUAUUAUAAACUUAAUAAGGAAGUGUAAGCAAGCUAUAAAAUUGUUUAAAGAAGGAAAGGAAAAAAUGUUUGACGAGAAUUCGCAUUAUAGGCGUAAUUUGACUAAACUGAGUCUCGUGUUCAGUCAUAUGCUGAGUGAGUUGAAGGCUAUGUUCCCUAAUGGUACAUUUGCUGGUGAUCAGUUCCGUAUUACCAAGAGUGAUGCUGCAGAAUUCUGGAGAACAAAUUUUGGUAAUAGUACGUUGGUGCCGUGGAAACACUUCCGCGAGGAGUUGAACAACGUGCAUCCGAUAUCCUCGGGCCUGGAGACGAUGGCGUUGAAGACGACUAUAGACCUGACGUGCAACGAUUUUAUAUCAAACUUCGAGUUCGAUGUGUUUACAAGGUUAUUCCAGCCUUGGAGCACGUUGUUAAGGAAUUGGCAGCUGCUAGCGGUCACCCAUCCUGGUUACGUGGCGUUCCUGACCUACGACGAGGUUAAGGCUCGUCUGCAGAAAUACAUUCACAAGACUGGAAGUUAUGUGUUUAGGUUGUCUUGUACCCGCUUGGGGCAGUGGGCGAUUGGCUACGUGACGGCCGAUGGCGAAAUUCUGCAAACAAUACCACAGAACAAGAGCCUAGUGCAAGCCUUACUUGAUGGAUAUAGGGAGGGAUUUGGAAACCCUUAUUAUGAAAAAUCUACAUUAAAGCUUAAACUCAGUACAGCAGUAAAUAUAACAUGUAUAUUUGUACAGUCACGGAAAUCCGCGAUGAUGAGAGAUGGAACUCCACCCCUUUUUCAAAUAACCAAUCAGGUUGCAAUUCCCCGAUUGUACCUAUUUUUUUUGGCUUAUUAUUCAUACACCCAUUUAUUUAUAUUUAUUACGAUUCCAGGCAGCACAUUCCAGUUGUGCAAGAUCUGUGCUGAGAACGACAAGGAUAUCCGGAUAGAGCCGUGCGGGCACUUACUGUGCACGCCUUGCCUCACCGCCUGGCAGAUCGAUUCCGAAGGCCAAGGUUGUCCGUUCUGUCGCGCGGAGAUAAAGGGGACAGAGCAAGUGGUUGUCGACGCCUUCGUGCCGCCCAGACCUCCAAAUACUACUUCCGAAGCUAAAGGUGCGAUAGUAAAAACUCCAGUGAAACCAGUGUCUUCCAACUCCUCGGGGUCCUCGGGCUCAUCAGGAUGUAAUGGAUCCAGUUCUGACGUGACAAUAUCUAGUGGUGCUAAUGGCUGGUCUUCGCGGAACACAUUUAAUGGACUGACAGAUGAUAUUGAUGAUCCAGAGGACUGUGCGGAGUUCAACGCGGCGACAUCUACGAUAGACGCGCUGAGACCCGAAAGUAGAUGUCCUCCAAGACAAAGGUCCUUACCAUCAUCUACCUGCGGUAUUGUUGACCACCAACCAACGAAGUCGACGACGAUGCCAAAAUUCCCAUCAGAAGAUGCCAAAGACCCACCAUACGAGAAUGUCAGCGUUGAAAACGAAUUAGCGGUUGCACCAAAGAAAAUAAACCCCCUAACCCACGACAAGCACGGCAGAAAGUACGGAGAUAACGUCUCAUAUGAGAAUAUAAAUUUGGAUUACAUAGCGCGUUUAGUUGGUGAAGGUUAUCCCAAGGAGAUAGUUGUACGAGCUCUCGCCAUCACUAGAAACGAUUUGGAAAUGGCUUGUGAUAUAUUACACGAAUUCGGCUCUAAACUAAAUAAAUGCUAGAAUUAUUACGCAUUUAAUCUAUUAAAAGUAAAGAUUAAGGGCAUGUCCCACCACUGGCUGAUAGAGGCUCAGAUAGCUUAAAAAUGACGUCAUUU